CUGGUAUGCCCAGCAUUGCUUGGUCCAGCUGCAGGUUUGGCCUGGAGGCGCACUCCUUUAAGAGGGAGAGCUGGUCACGUUCAAGAAGGAGGGGUCGGGACGCAAAACGGACACUUCAUCCAGCUCACGCACGAAUUAAACCAUCUUCCUCUGUUCAGAUCUCUGAUCUUCAUCACCAUUGAAUCGUCUUUCUUGUCGCCAGGACAACCACCAUCAUCACCUACGUUGCUCUGCAUCACCGUCAACAUCCCAAUUGACCACAUCGAGACCAUCCUUGGAUUGUCUCUUGCUGCCCCAUCGACUCGCCUGCUCCUGACACAGGAAACGUGACCAGCCCUCUUCCAUUCCAUUCCAUUCCACUCCUCAUCACCUAAGUUGCCCAAGAUGGCCUCCAAGACGAGUGCAGUGGCCGACAACGAGCCAGUUGAUGUGCUCUUCGCCCUGCACGACAAGUUCGACUUCCUGGACUUUGCUGGCCCCCUUGAGGUCCUGACCACUGCCCUCCACGAUAUUAACGACCCUUCCACCAGAGCCUUCGAGAUCACCGUCGCUUCAGAUGAGCCUAAGGCUCUCUCUGCUGCCGGUGUCAUUGUCGGCUCCCAGAUCUCGUUCAAGGAGGCCCAUGAGCGCAUUGAGGACUUCGACAUCGUCGUCAUCCUGGGCGGAAAUGCAGAGCCCAUCAUCAAGGCCAAGGCCGAGCCCCUCGGCCUCAUCUCCGCCUACAGCGAGAUCCAGAAGCAGAGCCCCGAGCGAGAGCGCACUCUCUUCUCUGUCUGCACCGGAUCUCUUAUGCUCGCCCAGCAGGGUAUCCUAGCCGGUCUUUCCGCCACUACCCACCCCGACUACAUCGUCACCUUCGAGAACAUCUGCAGUAUUGCCGUCCAGAGAGACCUUGGUGAGCGCACCGAUGUUGUGGAGGACGCACGCUACGUCGUCAACAAUCUGCGCUUCGAGCUUGGCGACGAGGACGAGAACCCCUACGUCCGCAGCACCAGGCCUGACGGCCGACGACCCUCCAAUGCUCGAAAGGGAAGCAUGUCCCUCAAGAGCUCCAACUCGCGUCGCGAGUCGAUCACCCGCCGUGCUGCCAUGCGCCUCGGCGGUCUCCGUGUGAUCACGUCUGGGGGAGUCAGCGCUGGCAUAGAUGCAGCUCUGUAUCUUGUCAGCGUGAUGGUCUCCGAGGAGUCCGCGAACGAGGUUGCUCGUAAGAUGUGCUGGACCUGGACCAAGGGCACCGUGGUUGAUGGACUUGAUGUCUAAAUACAACCCCGAGUGGCUUGUCACCAUUUUUGUAAUGGCGACAAUUGAGGCAACAGUCGCACUGGACCCAAUUUGUGUGGGUUUUACUGUAUGGGAUAGGGCCUUUGCCGUACCUGUUGCCCUGUAGCUAGGAUAGGAUCAGCUGUGGUGUCUUCUUCGGGCAACCUUCUAAAAACCAAAAAAGUAAAAUGUUCAUGAC